AUGUCACCCACCGGUUCGGGCAAGACUCUCACCUUUUGGUUGCCUCUCCUGUUCAACAAUGGAGGAAUAACCAUAGUGGUCACGCCAUUGAACGCGUUGGGGAACAAGAAUGUGAGGGAGCUGGAGGAUAUGGGCAUCAAGGCAGUGAAUCUGACGCAAGCAAAUGCAUCUGAUGAAGAGUUCAAAAACAUUGAGAACCUUCGUUACCAAGUUAUCAUUGUCAGCCCCGAGUUAUUGAUCAAUGACAAUCGGUUUGAUCACCUAUGGACUGGCGGGACUUUUCGAUCGGAGUAUGCAGAAGUUGGUGCCUUGCACUGGCUGCUCCCCCGGCACGCAAUCAUCCACGCAGCCUUGGCUACAAUGCCGCCGCACGUCCUAAAAUCAGUAAAGUCGACACUUCAGCUUGAUCCUAGUAAAACGACGGAGGUCCGACGCACCAAUGAUCGCCCAAACACGCACCUAAUGGCAGUUGAGAUGAUUGACCCACUCAGGAGCUGUCAUGCCCUCAGUUGCGCAAUUGACUUCAAGGCUGGCCUACCUCCGAAAUUCAUGGCAUUCGCAAACUCGCGAAAGGAGACUAAGAAGCUAUGCAAGUACGCACGUUCGCAAGCUGGUCCCGAGAACGAGCAUCAAUAUGUAUGGUUUCAUGCUGGGAUGAGUGAGGUCUUCCGAGAGGAGAUGAUGGAGAAGCUGCAAAAUGGAGAAGUGUGGGGAAUUUUUGCGACGGACGCGGCAGGCAUGGGGCUGGACUUACGUGGUGUAGAGCUCGUAAUCCAGUGGAGGUAUACACCCUCAUUAUGCACACUGCUGCAGCGCUUUGGCCGCACCGGACGAGGACCAAAUGAAGAAGCCACUGCGAUUUACUUUGUUGAACCCCAGUAUACCGACCGUUAUCGGCACCAAGCCGAGGGGAAGGCAAGGGCGAGGGCUACAAAAGCGAGAGAAAAGGCACUGCAGGUACAGGCUGGGCAAUCAGCCAAAACAGGCACGCAAAUGGGUAAACGGAGGGCCGUUGAUGAGUGCGAGAGCAAAGACAGUGAUGAGGGGGAGCUAGACAGGGGGGCUGGGCUGGCGCAGCGGCCUACAAAGCGGCCAAGGAUCACAGCUGCAAAGCAAACACGUCAGGCCAAUGUAACAGGUGUCUGCGCACCUGAUAGGUCUGCUGAAUGCAGUCCUGCAUGUUUUGAGUUGAACUGGGCGCGAUCGGGUGAUGAGGUAGAGGAGGAAGCUAUGGACAACUUCAUCAAUGCACGGUACCGUGGGUACUGUCUACGAACAGUGACAAUGGCCUAUUUUGGUGUCUUCAGUGAGUUCUGA